AGAAAGUAUGAACGCGACUCUUGAAGUUCAGAGCUGCAUCAAAAAAUUUCCAUGGCUAAUUCAGAUGGUGAAGUCGAGACUAUUCCAUGAGUUCUGCGAUCAACACAUCUCAAAACAGCGAUGCUACUUCUGUUGUGAUUGUAUGACUCCUCUUUUCUGCAAGGUCUGCUUCAAAAAGAACGAUCACAAAGACCAUCUUACGAUUCAAGCAUUUAAAUGUUCGAACAAGACAGCAGUAAGGACUCAGACGAUAUCAAAAUAUAUGGACCUAUCUUCCAUACAUAUAUAUUCAGUGAAUAGCUAUUCCAUCGUAUUUAUCAACCAGAGACGUGAGAAUGAUAAUCAUCGUUCUAAAAACAAUGUUUUGCAUAAGUGCAAAGUCUGUGGAUGGCCUUUUGAUGCUGCUUCUUCUGCUUUGUUCUGUUCGGUGGAAUGCAAGCUUAGGAACCCUAUAUUUGGUUCACAACUGGAUGAGGUGGUAAAGAGUUCAGAUGAUAUUGUUGAACCCAUUGUGAGACCAAAGGAGAGUUCAGAAGAUGUUUUUGAACCUAUUGUGAAGAUAAAAAAGAGUUCAGAAGAUGUCGUUGAACCCACUUUGAAGAGAAAUGAGAGUUCAGAAGAUGUUGUUGAACCAGUUGUUAAGAGAAAUGAGAGUUCAGAUGAUGUUGUUAGACCCAUUGUGAAGAGAAAACACAGGAGGAAAGGGAUUUCAUUUAGAUCUCCCUUUUCCUAGGAUUAAACUCAAAAAAGAUUUGCAUGAUAUAUAUAU